GCACAGGCUCAUGUUGAUCACUCAUGUUUUUGUCAACCAAAAUGUAUAGCAUUCAUUUAUCACAAUCAUAUUGAAUUUACUUGAAAAUGGUAAUUGCAAUCGGUUUCGAGGGAAGCGCGAACAAAAUCGGAGUUGGAAUUGUUCGCGAUGGCGAAGUGCUGGCCAACGAACGAGAAACGUACAUCACACCACCUGGAGAAGGCUUCCUUCCCAAGGAAACGGCACAGCAUCACCGAUCGAAAAUACACGACAUCCUGAAGCGUGCCCUGGCCGUUUCCGGCGUGACACCUCAGGAGAUCGAUGUGGUUUGCUAUACGAAAGGGCCGGGAAUGGCGCCUCCCCUGCUAGCCGUGGCCAUCGUUGCUCGGACCAUUGCCCAGAUCUGGAACAAACCCAUCCUGGGAGUGAACCAUUGCAUUGGGCAUAUUGAAAUGGGUCGGCUGAUUACAAAGGCGCAAAAUCCGACCGUGCUUUACGUUAGUGGCGGGAACACUCAGAUCAUUUCGUAUGCUUGCAAGAGAUAUAGGAUUUUUGGGGAAACAAUCGACAUUGCGAUUGGAAACUGUUUGGACCGGUUUGCCCGGAUCAUCAAACUGUCCAACGAUCCCAGUCCUGGGUAUAACAUAGAGCAAAUGGCCAAGAAGGGUACCAAGUACCUUACACUGCCCUAUUCCGUAAAGGGAAUGGAUGUUAGCUUCUCGGGAAUAUUGUCCUUCAUCGAACAGAAAGCUCGCCCUAAAGGAAAGCAGAAGAAACAAAAGACAAACGAGGAAAAGUGGUCCGACGAGGAUUUGUGCUUCUCGCUCCAGGAAACGCUGUUUGCCAUGCUGGUGGAAACGACCGAGCGCGCGAUGGCCCAUUGUGGUUCUAGUGAGGUGCUGAUCGUUGGAGGAGUCGGUUGCAACGAACGGUUGCAGGAAAUGAUGGGCAUAAUGUGCCAGGAGCGGGGCGCCAAACUCUUUGCAACGGACGAAAGGUUUUGCAUCGAUAACGGCGUGAUGAUUGCCCAUGCCGGCUGGGAGAUGUUUCGCAGUGGGACCCGGAUGGGAUGGGAGGAGACCACCAUCACCCAGCGUUAUCGGACGGAUGAAGUUCUGGUGACCUGGAGGGACGAUUGAUAGCGAGGUAAGUGGGGCACGGUACUCCAAUCGAUACUAAAAAGUUUUCCCAAAAGAUGAAAUGCGUUGUAAAUGGAAA